UGUUGUUGUCGCUAGGAGAUGUGUACCUAGGCUGCGAAAUUAUGGAUUAUCAGACUAACGUCUUUUUACCUGGAAUUUUAAUUCGCUUUUGUAAAAACACAGCGACGUCCACACAUACGGCUUUAGAAGACAUUUUAUUUCCCUCUGCUCAAAGACAGUGGACUUCAAUCAAAACCAAUUGUAAGCCUUGACAGUACCAACUACAAGCUCAAGCUCACAAUGCUGUAAGCGAAUACAUUACAUGAUCUAAUUGUACCCUAGGUCAGGGUAAACUUAACGAAUUUUUGAAUUGGCAAAGAUUUAUACACUAAACUGUGUAGUUUCAACUGCCAACAGCUUCAGACUUUGUCCUACAAAAACGCUUUGUAGACUGUAGUGCACAUGUCAGUUUAGCAUUUAUCCCGUGAGAAUGAUACUCUUUCUGUCAGACGAAGUAAAAGUGCACCUUCGUUCAGGCAUUGCCAUUUGUUCUCUUCAGCAAUGCGUUGAGGAGCUUGUUCUCAACAGCAUUGACGCCGAGGCCACUUGUAUAGCAGUGAAGGUGGACGUAGAGGCUUGCAAGUUGCUAGUUCUGGACAACGGUGUAGGAAUAGACAGGCAAGACUUUGACAGAAUAGGAAACCGAUACAGCACUAGUAAAUGCAGCUCGCUAAAGGAUUUGGAGAACCUCACAUAUUAUGGGUUCAGGGGAGAGGCUGUGGCCAGCAUCGCCUCUCUCUCUGAUGCAGUAGAAAUCACAUCCAGGACCAAAUGUUCCAGAAAGACCUACAGGAAGGUCUUUGACAAUGGGCAAAGCAAAGGUGUGUUUGAAGCAGAGACAGAGAGGCCAUCAGUGGGCACAACAGUCACCGUUAGUAAUCUGUUCCGCAACAUGCCUGUGAGAAAGAAACGCCUAGACCCCGUCCUGGAGAUGGAGAGAAUCCGACAAAGGGUGGAAGCGAUUUCCCUCAUGCACCCAUCUGUGUCCUUCACUGUCAUGAACGAAUGCACAGGAACCAUGCAGGUGCAGCUGUCCAAAGUGAAAAGCACAUAUUACCGCUUCGCUCAGAUUCACGGCCUAGAGAAGGCCAAAAAGCUCAAAGAAGUCACACAUUCUUGUGGACGGUUUGAAAUCACGGGGCACAUUGGCUGCGAGGGUCAUUACAACAACAGCCUACAGUAUCUGUUCCUGAACAGAAGGCUUCUCCUAAGAACUCGACUGCACAAGCAACUGAAAUACAUUCUCUCAAAGUCGGCCAUUUCAAAUAAGCUCCACUGCAGCCCCAGCGUCUCACAGGCCGCCACCAGCUUCAGCCCUAAAGACAGUGUUGGCGGUGGACAGCUUUAUGGGAUGUAUGUCAUCAACAUAAGCUGCGGCUAUUCGGAGUACGACAUCUGCUUGGAGCCAGCCAAAACACUGGUGGAGUUCAAGGACUGGGACAGCCUGUCGAUGUGCCUGGACGAGGGCGUCAGGACGUUUCUGGCCAGGGAGGGUCUGCUGAGGGCUUCACUAGAAGGCAGCCAGAGUCCUCCUUUCCCCCGUCAACAACACGCAGCUUUCUCAGACGUGUGUGAAAACAGCAAGUCCCCUCUCGAUUUUGUCGGAGAGAAGGCCAUGGCUUCGAAACCUGUUCACAGAAAGGUUCCUGCGAACGUAACGGAGGCAUGUGGAGACUCCAAGAUGUGUGGCGCGGAUGUCACGGAGAGUGAACAGGAUGCUGCGGCUGUUGAGCACGAGGCUGAUGUGGAGAUGGUGUCCUCUGACACGGUAACGACCCUGCAUUCAGAUGAGCAAAGCGUCGUCACGCCUGUCUGUGAAAAAGCCUCACCAAUCAAGCCAAGUACAUUAAUGAAGAUUUCAUUAUUUCGCAGGGAAAAGCCAGAACCAAGCAUCUGUUUUCCCUCUCUUCAGCAGAAUACUGCAGGAGAAACACAAACACCCUCUGAGCGCAAAUCUAACAAGAUAAAAAAGAUAUCCGUAGCCACCAAGCUCUCCUCUCUGAAGCAAGCGAAGAUGAAGCAGUGUGAUUCUACCAAGCACUUGCUUCAUGAGAAAAAAUCGAAUGACAGGAAAAAAAUAAGACUGUCACUUUCUUCAACAACAGCUAUGAGCUACGGAGAGCAAGGUAUCGAUACCUUACGUCAGUCUUGCAAUUCUUCAAAUCGUAAUAAAGAAUCCUCUUCUGCUAUGAGCUACGGAGAACAAGGAAUCGAUGCCUUACGUCACUCUUGCAAUUCCUCAAAUCGCAAUAAAGAUUCCUCUUCUUCUCUGAGACAAGCCAGUCAUAAAUUUACAGAACCAUCGGAUGUGCAUUCAUUGUUCGGACACCUUUGUUCUAGUUCUUCAGUUACCCAUAAUCCCUCAGCAAAAGCACAAACUACUGCCUCCAAGGGCAUGACCUAUGACUUUUCCAUUAAACAAAGGGUCACUACUUCUGGUGACCUAGACAUCAACCAUAACCUGUGUAUGAAAGGGCUACACACUACCUCCAAAGACCUAAAUAUUGCCCAUACAAACUCAGAGAGAGGACAACCCACCACCUCAAAGAACUUAAAUUUGAGCCAUGACCUCUCCAUCAAAGAACAACCUGCUUCCUCGAAUGCCCACUCCAUCGAAGAGCGUCCCAGAACUUCAGAGGACCUUUACAACGAAGAACCAUGCACUACCUCAGAGGACAUCAAUACUUCUCAUAGCCUCUCCAUCAAAGAACAACACACUGCCAUUAAGGACCCAGAUGUUACGCAUGACGUCUGCGAUGACACAAGUAUUCACACUCCUUGGACAAGUUCCUCCGAGGACAUUUUUAAGGAACCCGAGGAGAUUUGUCAUCCACCUGCUAUCAGCUCCAAAAGACUUGAUAGAACUGAAACACAGAGAGACACCAAUCAAGUGCAGGAGAAGGAAGACGACUUCGAGACCCUCAUGGGGGAUAGCUGGCGGUCUCACUAUGAUCACGUGGCUGGAAAAGUAGUCUACAUCAACAAGAAGACAGGACUGAGCAGAUACGAUGCUCCUACAGAGGACCUCUGUGUGGAAGGAGUAAGGGCUCAUCCUGUGCAGGCCAAAGCAGUGUUGCCUUUCCUCUACCAGCCCCGGACCUCCAGGGCCCUGGGCACAGGAACAGCCGAGAAAGCUGAUGGUGAGAGCACCCGUAAUCUUGCUGAACCGUUCGCCGCCUGGAAAAACCCAGUUUUCAUUCACCCUGACGAUGUUUCAAUGAAUGUGACCAGUGGAGACGUAGGUCGAGUGAACAGUCUGAUGCUGCCCUACCGCUUCACCAAGGACAUGAUCCACUCCAUGAAGGUCAUUGACCAAGUAGAUAAGAAGUUUCUGGCUUGCCUCAUUAACCCAGGAGACCAAGGAAUGUGUUUUUACAGUAAAACAGAACGUUGUCAAGCAAAUCUCCUGGUGUUGGUAGAUCAGCAUGCUGCCCAUGAGAGAGUUCGUCUGGAGGGCCUUGUAGCAGAGUCGUAUGAGGAGGACCCAGAGCAGCCGGAGCAGAGGAAGCUGGUGUCCUCAGCCGUGUCACCGCCCCUGGAGGUGGCCAUCACACAGGAAGACCUCAUACUCCUCAGGUCCCGCCAGCCGUUUCUGUGUCUCCUGGGGCUCGAGGUGGAGUUUCCCUCGGGUGACAGCAGGCCUCGCGUGCUGCUACACAGAGUGCCCACCUGCUUCCUGGAGAAGGAGAGCACCAGACUCAAACGAGGACGGCCCUCUGGGAUCCACGCCCUCAUAGAGGAAUAUCUCAGAGAACAGAUUCAGAUGCUACGCUCCACCAGUCGACUGCAGGCGACUCUGCCACUAACAGUGCACAACGUGUUAGCCUCUCAGGCUUGCCAUGGGGCCAUUAAGUUCAACCACAGCCUGAGCAGGGAUGAGUGCCACAGCCUGGUGCGGUCCCUGGCCGACUGCCAGCUGCCCUUCCAGUGUGCCCACGGCCGGCCCUCCAUCGCCCCCAUCGUCGACCUCCAGCACCUGGAGAAGGACCAGCAGGAUACUUCAAAACCCAAUCUACGAAGAUUAACAAGAAUGUACAGUUCUUGGCUGGACAGGAAAAGCAUAAAUGAAGAAAAGUACAAGUAUAAGGAAAAGUCAUGAUCAAAUUACAAUUGCACACAUAGGUUGAAAUGAAAGCUAAAUUAUAUUUAUUAUAUAUUUAUAUGAAUUUUAUAUAUUUCUGUUGUUUUGUCAUUUUUUUUGUAAAUAGAACAGUUAAAAUAAAUUGUGACAUUUAUUUAAAGAUAAAAAUACAUAUUUCUGUAA